AUGCCUCAUCUUCUUAGGAUGAAUGCUUUUGUUUCAAACCCACAAAAGAUGAAUACUGAAACUCAGAUUUCUGAGAUUAACUUGUCCAUGUCAACGCAUCGUGUUGUCCGUUAUCCCACCACGACAGAGCCUCCACAGAAGUUCUGGGAGUGGGUGAAGCGUAUAGAUGCCAAUGGUGAUGGUCGCGUAAGCAGAAAAGAGCUGGAAGAAGCUCUAAGGAAACUUGGGUUUCGAUUCUGCUUCUUGAAAGCUUGGUCUGCCAUUGCAAAAGCUGAUGCCAACGGAGAUGGAUACAUCAGUGGAGAGAGAGAGUUGAGGGAGAUCUUCUACUAUAUUCAUGACAAAUUGGGAAUCACCUUUGUUUAG